AAUCAAACAACAAAUUAUAGAAACUCAACGGAGCCAUUGAAAUCAAAUCCAUACCUGGUAGUCUCAAAGCGUCAAAGUCGUUUCUACCAACACACAAACAUGUACUGUGAUAGUGCUUCAAAUUUUAAUCUCAGCCUCUUGGACUCGAUUCGUCAGUAUCUUUUGGAAGAUGAUUUUGAUACAAUUCCAGGACAGGUUGUGGAAAAUCUACCAAAGAGAGAGCUUCAUGAUGAUGCGAUUAAUGUGGAUCAAUGGAUAAAUUUUGAUCAGUUGUCUGAUGCAGCGGAGGAGAAAGUCGCCGUUAAUAAUGUUUCAUUUCCCAGCUUAGAAGUGACUUCUGAGAUGGAGACUACCGCGGCUGUCCCUACUAAACCUCAGGCGCCGCCGAAGAAGGUGAAUUACAGGGGAGUAAGGAGAAGGCCGUGGGGGACAUACGCAGCGGAGAUAAGAGAUCCGAAACGAAACGGUGCGAGGAUCUGGCUCGGUACUUACGAGACUCCCGAGGGUGCUGCGCUAGCUUACGACAGAGCGGCUUUUAAUAUGCGUGGCGCAAAAGCGAAGCUGAAUUUUCCCCACCUCAUCGGCUCGAAUCAGGUGGAGCCGGUGAGAGUGAGCAGUAACAAGCGAAGAUCCCCUGAGACGUCUUCCUCUUGUUCAUCGGCUCAGUCGCCGUCAUCUCCGUCGUCCACGUUGACGUCUGAUGACGUAACUCCGAAGUCGAAACGGAGAAGUGUGAUGAACCGUUUUAGUAAAACAGAGUUUGAAGUAGACAUGUAUCAGUUGAUAUGAGAUGAAUUUUAAAUAACAAAAUUAUAGUUUAUAUUCCCA